CCAGGACACUACUCUUUAAACGGCACCAUUUUACACAUAGAGGUUUCUAAAUUGCUAUGAACCAUGGCCCAGCUGUACUACAAAAGGGUCAACUACUCACCCUACAGAGACCGAAUCCCCCUGCAAAUUGUGAGGGCUGAGACGGAGCUCUCUGCAGAGGAGAAGGCCUUCCUCAGUGCCGUGGAGAAGGGGGACUACGCCACCGUGAAGCAGGCCCUCCAGGAGGCCGAGAUCUACUACAAUGUCAACAUCAACUGCAUGGACCCACUGGGCCGCAGCGCCCUGCUCAUCGCCAUUGAGAACGAGAAUCUGGAGAUCAUGGAGCUACUGCUGAACCACAGCGUGUACGUCGGUGACGCACUGCUCUACGCCAUCCGCAAGGAAGUGGUGGGCGCUGUGGAGCUUCUGCUCAGCUACAGGCGGCCCAGUGGAGAGAAGCAGGUCCCCACUCUGAUGAUGGACACCCAGUUCUCUGAGUUCACACCGGACAUUACUCCCAUCAUGCUUGCUGCCCACACCAACAACUACGAAAUCAUCAAAUUGCUCGUCCAAAAACGGGUCACUAUCCCCCGGCCCCACCAGAUCCGCUGCAACUGUGUGGAGUGUGUGUCCAGUUCAGAGGUAGACAGCCUGCGCCACUCCCGCUCCCGGUUGAACAUCUAUAAAGCGCUGGCAAGCCCCUCACUCAUUGCCUUAUCAAGCGAGGACCCCAUCCUAACUGCCUUCCGCCUGGGCUGGGAGCUCAAGGAGCUCAGCAAGAUGGAGAAUGAGUUCAAGGCUGAGUAUGAGGAGCUCUCCCAGCAGUGCAAGCUCUUUGCCAAAGACCUGCUGGACCAGGCUCGGAGCUCCCGGGAACUGGAGAUCAUCCUCAACCAUCGAGAUGACCACAGUGAAGAGCUUGACCCUCAAAAGUACCAUGACCUAGCCAAGCUGAAGGUGGCCAUCAAAUACCAUCAGAAAGAGUUUGUGGCCCAGCCCAACUGCCAACAGUUGCUUGCCACUCUGUGGUACGAUGGCUUCCCUGGAUGGCGGCGGAAACACUGGGUAGUCAAGCUUCUGACGUGCAUGACCAUUGGGUUCCUGUUUCCCAUGCUGUCUAUUGCUUAUCUGAUCUCACCCAGGAGCAACCUUGGGCUGUUCAUCAAGAAACCCUUUAUCAAGUUUAUCUGCCACACAGCGUCAUAUCUGACCUUCCUCUUCAUGCUUCUCCUGGCUUCUCAGCACAUCAUCAGGACGGACCUCCAUGUGCAGGGGCCUCCCCCGACUGUAGUGGAAUGGAUGAUAUUGCCUUGGGUUCUCGGUUUCAUUUGGGGGGAGAUUAAGGAAAUGUGGGAUGGUGGAUUUACUGAAUACAUCCAUGAUUGGUGGAACCUGAUGGAUUUUGCAAUGAACUCACUCUACCUGGCAACUAUUUCCUUGAAGAUCGUGGCCUAUGUCAAGUAUAAUGGUUCUCGUCCAAGGGAAGAAUGGGAAAUGUGGCACCCGACUCUGAUUGCAGAAGCUCUCUUUGCGAUAUCCAACAUUUUAAGUUCGUUGCGUCUCAUAUCCCUCUUCACAGCCAACUCCCACUUAGGGCCUCUGCAGAUCUCUUUGGGGCGCAUGCUGCUUGAUAUCCUGAAAUUCCUCUUUAUCUACUGCCUGGUACUGCUGGCUUUUGCCAAUGGAUUGAACCAGCUUUACUUUUAUUAUGAGACCAGAGCAAUCGAUGAGCCCAACAACUGCAAGGGGAUCCGAUGCGAGAAACAGAACAAUGCCUUCUCCACGCUCUUUGAAACCCUUCAGUCACUCUUCUGGUCUGUAUUCGGCCUUUUAAAUCUCUAUGUUACCAACGUAAAAGCCAGACACGAGUUCACAGAGUUUGUGGGAGCGACCAUGUUUGGGACGUACAACGUCAUCUCCCUGGUAGUGCUGCUGAACAUGCUGAUCGCCAUGAUGAACAACUCCUACCAGCUUAUUGCCGAUCAUGCCGAUAUUGAGUGGAAGUUUGCAAGGACGAAGCUCUGGAUGAGUUACUUCGAUGAAGGCGGCACCUUGCCACCUCCUUUCAACAUCAUCCCCAGCCCCAAGUCAUUUCUAUACCUUGGUAACUGGUUCAACAACACCUUCUGCCCCCAAAGAGACCCUGAUGGUAGACGGAGAAGGCACAACUUGAGAAGCUUCACAGAACGCCAUGCUGACAGCCUGAUACAGAAUCAACAUUACCAGGAAGUUAUCAGGAAUUUAGUCAAAAGAUAUGUGGCAGCUAUGAUAAGAAAUUCCAAAACAAAUGAGGGACUAACAGAAGAAAAUUUUAAGGAAUUAAAGCAGGACAUUUCCAGCUUUCGAUAUGAAGUGCUUGACCUCUUGGGAAACAGGAAGCACCAAAGGAGAAGUUUUUCCACUAGCAGCACUGAACUCUCUCAGAGAGAUGAUACCAAUGAUGGCAGUGGCGGGGCUCGGGCCAAAUCCAAGAGUGUCUCUUUCAAUUUAGGCUGCAAGAAAAAAGCCUGCCAUGGGCCACCUCUCAUCAGGACCAUGCCAAGAGUUGGUGGUGCCCAAGGGAAGUCAAAAGCUGAGUCAUCAAGCAAACGCUCCUUCAUGGGUCCCUCUCUCAAGAAACUGGGUCUCCUAUUCUCCAAGUUUAAUGGUCAUAUGUCUGAACCCAGUUCAGAGCCGAUGUACACAAUUUCUGAUGGAAUCGUUCAGCCGCACUAUAUGUGGCAGGACAUCAAAUAUUCUCAGAUGGAGAAAGGGAAAGCAGAGUCCUGUUCUCAGAGUGAAAUUAACCUCAGUGAGGUAGAAUCAGGCGAAGCCCGGGGCGCUGCACAGAGCAGUGAAUGCCCUCUCGCCUGUUCCAGCUCUCUUCACUGCGCAUCCAGCAUCUGCUCCUCGAAUUCUCAACUUUUAGACUCCUCAGAGGAUGUAUUUGAAACUUGGGGAGAGGCUUGUGACCUGCUCAUGCACAAAUGGGGUGACGGACAGGAAGAACAAGUUACAACUCGGCUCUAA